GUCAUGCUAAGUCAUCUAAAGCACGCACAGUAAAUGUAACGCGCUUAAACGUAACGCCAGUUCAGUGUGACACAUCUUAACGUAAAAGCAACAAGUUCUACAUUAACGUUACAUAUGCAGUAUUUCGUAGUGAUCAUUGUAGUGUUUUGUCUGACAUUUGAACAUGCGAGCACGUUAUUCUGGCUAUAUAAGCGAAUAAAUAGACAUACGAAUCACAUACGCACGCAUCAUCUUCAUAAGCACGAACAUCUUGAUUACGGAGAUUGCGAAUGCGGAAAAAAGAAUAUUUUACUGUCAUCCAGAAUAAUAGGCGGACGGGAAGUGUUUGAAAAUGAAUUUCCCUGGAUGGCUGGAAUUAUAAGCGUCAAUAGAUCGGAAACGAUAUGCGGAGCGUCAAUCAUAAACGAUCGUUACGUGGUAACAGCCGCUCAUUGCAUCGUUUAUGGUUUCAACAAAGAUGAUCUAAAAGUAUCUGUCGGCAGUCACAAUUCGUGCAAGUGGGACACAAAGUCUACGAUUUUCUCCGUCGACAGCAUCUUUCCGCAUCCGAAUUACGACAAUCAAACAAAUUUUGCCGACAUUAUGCUAGUUAAAUUAAUUAUGAGCAUCACCUUCAACGAAUUUGUCAGACCAAUUUGUCUACCAAACAUUGAGUGUGGACUAACGGGAGGAAUCUCGAAUCGCAUUGUCGGCGGAUUCGUAGCAAUCCCGCACAUCUUUCCUUGGGUGGUGCCGAUAUUCCAAAAUGGAAAGCUUUAUUGCGGAGGCACGUUGAUUAACGACCAAUAUGUAUUGACAGCCGGACACUGCGUUAGAUGGGCGGACCAUGCGAAUCUUACGGUGGGCAUAGGAAUACACGACCUCGAAAACCAGGACGAGGGAUACAUAGUUCCGAUCAGCAAAGUUAUCCUGCACGAGAAAUUCGCAAGCGAUUAUCUUCAUGAUAUCAACGAUAUCACUCUACUUCGACUGCAGCAUCCAGUCAAAUUCAACGACAAUGUGAGACCUGCAUGCCUGCCGCACAAAGAUUCCGAUUACACGGGGCUGGAAGUCAAAAUCACCGGAUGGGGACGGGUCUCCGACAGAACGUACGAAACUUCUCGUUAUCUGCGUCAAGCUGCCCUGAGAGUGAUGCCCUGGCAGGAAUGCAAGAACACUUCGUUCGGUGAUCAUAUCUCAAGAUCGAUGAUGUGCGCUUACAAAGACGACACCGACGCGUGUCAGGGCGAUAGUGGCGGACCUCUCAUGUACGAAAGGGGGGACGGGAAGCACGAAGUGAUCGGUAAGAAUGUCACGUUUUACAUAUGGCUUACUAAAUCUUUCGUUAAAAAAAAGAAAGAAUCACUUUAGUAUUAUUUUUAAAAUAUAUUUUUAAUAGCUCAUACCGUGUUGAUGUAUGUCAGUUACAUAAUUUUUCCAGUACGCAUUGCAUAAGUAUACGAUACGGUUCGAUAGUAUAGUUUGAAGUAUAACAUUUUUCGGGUAUUCUUGAGUGCACACAUUUCUUGAUAGCGCUUUCAGCAUCUAACGUCGAUAAUUGAGAAAAGAUUGUCUCGUGUGUCCGUAAAUUGCAGAGUUUAAGUCAUGAUUAGUUUCGAGGAUAUAUGUAUACUCCCAACGAGAUUAUCCUCUCCAUCAUUCUAACAGGUAUAGUCUCUUGGGGUAUCGGAUGCGCCAUUCGCGGAUCGCCGGGUGUAUACGUGAAGAACACAGAUUACCUGAGAUGGAUAAAGUUUCACAGCAGGCAGGGUGUGUUCUGUCUGGACAGAUGAGCUCUCGGUACAGCUGCGUGUAACGAAUACUGAUACCAAUGAAAAUAAAUGUAGAUUCACCACUGAACUUCAUGUACGUUAAUUAUAUGAUUCUUGUCUGAAUCAACCAGACAAGUUCCAAAAAAACGAUAAAGAAUUAUAAGCGUUAAUUGACUACUCACAAAAUUAUUUAAUACUCGAA